AUGGAGGGAGAAGAUCAGAGUGUAAACAUUCCUUCGGAUAAUAACAGAGGAGCUUCAGCUGGAGAAGCAGUGAUUGAUGCUGUUAAUCAUCCAAAAGCAGGAAGUAUUGAAGCCAUUGACUAUAAGUCUGUCCAUCGGAUUUGUUCUGGUCAGGUAGUUUUAACGCUAGCCACUGCAGUUAAAGAACUGGUAGAGAACAGUAUUGAUGCAGGAGCUACCAAAGUUGAAAUUAAAUUAAAAGAAUAUGGAAGUGAAAUUAUUGAGGUGAAUGACAAUGGUUCUGGAGUUGCUGAAGAAAACUUUGAAGGAUUGACUUUGAAACAUCACACCUCAAAAUUAAAAGAUUUUUCUGAUUUGAGUGUUGUGGAGACAUUUGGUUUCCGGGGUGAGGCUUUAAGUUCUUUAUGUGCAUUAAGUGACCUUACAGUUACAACACGUCAUGAAACAGCAACUGUUGCUACAAAAUUGGAAUUUGACCAUAAUGGAAAAAUUACUUCAAAAUCUCAUUGUGCAAGACAGCAAGGAAUGACCAUCAUCUUACAAAAUCUGUUCUACACUUUGCCUGUGCGUCAUAAAGAAUUCCAGAGAAAUCUCAAGAAGGAAUUCUGCAAAAUGGUUAAUGUUUUGAAUGCCUAUUGUAUUGUUAAUGUAAAUGUGAGAUUAAGCUGCUACAACCAAAGUGGAAAAGGAUCAAAAAAUUUAGUUGCAUCAUCUCUUGGAAAUUCUUCCAUGAAAGAAAAUAUCAGAAGUAUUUUUGGUCUAAAACAGCUGCAAACUAUUACUGAGUUUGUGCAGAUAAAACCCACCCAAGAGCUAUGUGAAGAAUUUGGAAUAAAAGUGACAGAAAAAGAAGCCAAUCUGUUUGAACUUGAAGGAUUUGUCUCCAAAUGUGAACAUAAUUCUGGAAGAAGCACAACAGAUCGACAAUUCUUCUUCAUUAACAAACGACCAUGUGACUCUACUAAAAUGAGCAAAGUUGUAAAUGAUGUCUACCAUAUGUACAAUCGACAUCAAUAUCCCUUUGUUGUACUUCAUGUAAAUAUUGCCAAAGAAAGUGUAGAUGUUAAUGUUACUCCUGACAAACGACAGAUUUUCUUGGAAAAUGAAAAAAUGCUUCUUGCUACUAUUAAGGCAUCCCUCAUUACAAUGUAUGAACCAACAUCAUCUGUUUAUAAAGUUAAUCAGUUAACACCCAUCACAAAAUCAGAAUCAUCCUCCUUUGAAUCUCUGCAAUUAAGCAGCCCUGUUGAAAGUCAGCAGGACAGUGAGAACUUUGAACAAAAUAAUCAGAGCCUCAAUCGAAGCAUCAGCACUUUAGCCCAGUUGAAACGGUCUUUUUCUAGUGCUUUUCUCAAAGGGGAUUCAGUUGACAUAAAUCCAUCUUCAAAAUCAUUCCAAUUUUCCAAUGAAAAACGUAAACGAAUAAGUGCAUCCCCAAAGCAAAAAUCUAAGUUACCUGCUGAUGGAAUUUUAAAAUGGAUGACUGAAAAGUAUAAAACCAAUGAUAAUGAAGUUGUUAAUUGCAAAGCUGACUCAACUAAUGAAAAACGUUUACUUCAUCAUUUGUCAACAAAUAACCAGGAAAUCUUUAGCCAUGAGGAAUGUGAAGUUUUGUCUUCUCCAAAAGAAAAAAAUCAAGAAACAUUUAUUUUAACACCCCAUACUCUAUCUUCAUGCUGUAGUCCAGAAAUAACAAAAGACAAUAAAGAAAAAAGGGAAUCUUUGAAUUCUCCUUCUUUAUCAUUUCAUUCUGAUGAACAGACACAAGACAAAAGCAAAGUACAUGAAAAUAAAGAAAUUAAAAUAGACCAACAGAAAAUUGUUACAACUGGGCAAGAAGAAUCCCAUCAGAAAACAGAUGAAAAUGCUACAGGGACUCACUUAGAAUUUGAUACUAAAAAUACUUGUUUGCGGAAAGAGAGGAAAUUGCUUUUCUCUAUGAAAUCACUUCAACAGAAACUUGACCAAAUAAAGAUGAACAAAGGCAAAUCAGAUGAGGAAUUUUGUCGUAGUUUUCGUGCAAAGAUUUCUCCUGGUGAAAAUCAAGCAGCUGAGGAAGAAUUGAAGAAAUAUAUUGACAAAACGAUGUUUGAACAAAUGGAAAUUCUUGGGCAGUUCAAUCUUGGUUUUAUUAUUGCUCGAUUAAACGAUGACCUAUUUAUUAUUGAUCAACAUGCUACAGAUGAAAAAUAUAAUUUUGAAACGUUACGAAGACAUACUGUUAUGCAAGGGCAAAAACUCAUUUGUCCACUAAAUCUUGAGCUGACAGCAAGCAAUGAAAUAAUACUUAUGGAUAAUGUAGAGAUUUUUAAAAAAAACGGUUUUGAUUUCAUCAUUGAUGACUUAUCUGCCCCUGGUCAAAGAGUCAAGUUACUGACGGCACCUGUCAGUAAAAACUGGAACUUUGGAAAAGACGAUAUUGAAGAACUCAUUUUUAUGCUGCAAGAUUCUCCUGGAGUAAUGUGUCGUCCAUCAAGAAUUCGUCAAAUGCUUGCAUCUCGUGCAUGUCGUAAGUCAGUGAUGAUUGGAACGGCACUCAAUAAAAGAGAAAUGAAAAAGGUCUAUUUCUUUGCAGAUUUUCACUUAUUUACAAAUGGUGUUUGUUUUGUUAAACUCUGA